AUGUCGAUUGCAAUGAAACAUUCGGAUACUACUCAGGCUUUUCAAUCACUUUCGCUUUCAAUUCCUGUGGAUACUGCAAAGUAUAAAAAGAUGUACUUAUUUUUAUCGAAGGUUUUAAAUGUAUCUGACGAGAAUGUUAUUCUACAGACCGAAGAACAAGGUAUACACUAUAUUAUGAAUAGAGAACCUAUAGAGGUAUUGAACAGAGUUUAUUUGCCUCAUGAUACAUGGCUCAAGGGGGAGGUUACGAUUAAAGACAUCAAAAUAAAAUCCAAUAUGUUAUUGGAGAUCAACAACAUGAUUGAAAAAGAAUUACCUGGGACAAUUGACCAGGUUGUACAAAUAGAUGAUAAGAUUAUAAGUUAUUACGAAAAAUUGCUUACCGCGUUUAAAGUGUACGAAAUCCCUUGUCAAGAAGACGGAUCACGUCACAAUUCAAUUUGUGAUUCCUUGAAGGAAGAAGAUGACGAGGAUGCUAGUAUUUAUGAUUCAAACAACAUCAGUCGGGCUCAGACCAAUAUCUCUACUACUUCGCUGAAAACAAGGUUUUCUAUUUUUAAUGGGUAUUCAAGCAGAAGAAGUUCUUCGAUGUCAACGAAGAAAAGAGUUCUGUCUACAGGUGGUCAGUCAGUCGACGCGAAUGACGCGAGUAGCAUCGUAUAUCCUAAUGGAACCGUUAAGAAUGAGGAGAAAAGAAAGCAGGGACUUAACAAUAUCUUAUCAAAGUCGAGAAUCUACAAUAAAUUGAGAAAGCAUCGCCUGACUGGAUCGGUGACAUCAAAUAUUUCGUCCCCUUCAAAUACACCAUACAGCAAUAGAAACAGCGUCAGCACAACUAUGACAAAUAACUCGUUUAAUUCAAGAAGAAGAGGAAGUUCAUCGUUCGCAUCUCCGGAAAUAACUGAAGGUAGAAUAUUAACCAUACCGUCCCCAAAGGAGAAUCAGCUUCCGAUAUUGACUGCUACUCAAAAACAGGAGAAUCAGCGGGACAAAUUUGAAUAUUAUUCGCAAAUGAAAAGGCUCAAGUUCUUAACAAGAAGAGUUAUUAAGCACUUAGAUCAUUCACAAGAAUCUUAUGAGUUAGUCAAAAUUCUUGAAUUCGUUAAUAAAUACGUGGUGAAAUUUAUAUUCAUCGAUAUAAGCCAGAUGAUUAUACUAUACGGGCAACGAAAGGCCUAUAACUUCUAUCAAAAGUCCUGA